CUCUGUUGUGAAGACGAUGAAGAUUUUAAAGCAGAUAAACAGAACUGAUCUGGUGCAGAAGUUGUUGGAGACCAGCUCAAGUUUCGAAAAGAAACGCUCAGAUGAACCACGCUCUGUCCUGUUGGAGAAAGCAGCAACAAUGGCAGCUGUUAAAGAGCUGCUUUUGGAAAUCCUGCAUUCUUUAAAUGACGGUGAGCUCGAGAAAUUCAAGUUUCUGCAGUUGGCCUUUCAAAAGGACUCCAAAGACAUCCCACAUUUAUUGAGAUACUCAAACGACCGUACAGCAAUAUUGGAUGUGAUGGUGCAGACCUACGGGCGACAGUCUGUGGAUGAGACCAGAGAGAUUUUAAAGAAGUUGCACAGAGUUGAUCUCAUGCAGAUGUUUUCAGAGACUAGCUCAGAACCCAAAGUGGAUGAGCAUCAACCUCCAGUCUUUGAAAAAACGGUAAAGGAAGAUGUGGAACAUGUUCUUUCGGAAACAUUGAGUGGUUUGAAAUUUAUGGAGUUUGAGAAAUUUAAGUGGGUGCUGCAGCUCACAUACUUCCAGAGGAGUUUUACACAAAUCCAGUGGCACCACAUGAAGUGGGCAACAACUCCAGAUGAACUGGUGCAUCUGAUGGUGAUGAACCAGCAGCCUGUGGAGGUGACCAAAGAGGUUUUACUGGACAUGAACAGGACUGAUCUAGUUGAGAGGCUGAUGGCGACAGACUCAGGACUUCAAG